GUCACUUCGGUAAGAGACAAAGGGGUACCAGCGAGUCUGAUGACAGUUUCUAACGAAAUAGGACCAGGGGGUCCACUUUUGGAACCGUAUCCAAAUUGGUCAUGGUACAAUGAGAAUGAUUGCAGCGGCAUUAUAAGUGUAUAUCGGGUGUCUAUCAAAUGCAAUCACAUGUUCGUUCUGGAUUGUGGCAAAAUCGGGGAAGAAGCAGUUUGUCCUCCGAAAUUAUUAGUCUUCGAUUUAGAAAAUGAUAUGCUCGUUAAACAAAUUAUUAUCCCACCACAUAUCGCUAAUAACAAAAAU